AUGGCAUGUGGUACGAAACUAGUAACUAGAUGGGGUGCGGCGGAGAUUGCCGCCAGAUCUGGUGAAUGCCCAUUUUCACUCCGAAGUGUUGCGAAAGACGCCGACGGCAUGGGUCAAGACGUCCGGAUUUCGACUUCCAAAGAUGCAGGCCUUACCUGGUCGAAGCCAGAGGUCGCCUUCCCUCCAGCGCUCCUGCCAACCCAGAACCAUGUUGAGGAUCCGCAGCACUGGUGCGACCUGCAUAUCCCACAGCGCGCGUUGCAGCCGUUGACCAUCGUGCGUUUGCCCGGCGCCGACGAGGGUUCAUCCCAAGUCUUCGCCGUUGCGCAAUCGAGCGACAAUUUAUGUCCUGGCCAUUUCGAGUCAGCUGGCCGCAUCGCCCGUGAGCUUGACGUCCAUGGCUCCGGGCUAUUCAAAGACGACCCGUGCUGGAUCGUGAAGAAUACCUAUACCGAUGCUCAUCUAUGGGCGAAGACCAUUUAUGGAACCCAGUCUGGGAUGAAGAUGUGCGAUAAGAAGGAUGCCAUUAUUAAGGCUGUGAACCACCCAGACAACCUCGGCCCCGGGUCUGCUCAGCUCUUCAAUGCGCCUCUUAUCGCUUCCGAUGGCAUGCACAAUGUCAGCUAUCCUACGAGAGCUGUUUGGCAUGGCGAAUCGAACAACGGCUACUGGCAGCGAUUUUGGUCUGACGUGUCUAUGAAGAACCCCACCGACUCCGCCUUCGUCGAGUACAGUACGGACAAGGACGGCAAGAACUGGUAUCCAGCUACGAACUCUGGUCGCGGCAUUAAGCAGACUAAUAUGCCCCACUUGUCGCAGAAAGCUCACUUCGGAGCGUAUGACGGCUCGACGCAGAUCCGAUACUAUGUCUCCAACUCCGGCAUGAAUGCCAAACUCGACCAGACAUUGUUGACGGUAGCAAUGUCGCGUGGAGAUGAUCCAGCGUUCACGAAGAUUGGAAUUGUGCGUGGAGGUGAUGCGGACAAGGAGGCUAACGCAGGUUCUCGGCCACCUGUCAACAGUGGAAUCCCCGGCUUUUACUGGCCAUCCGCGGCUCAAGUCGGUGACAAGCUUGUUGUUGCCUACAGCGAGAACAGGGCAACGAUAUGGGUCAGCGUGCUGAAGGAAUCCGAUUUUCCGUAG